AUGACCGUAUUACAACCACCAUCUAGUGUUUGUUAUCCGCUCAACCUCCCUAUUGUACCGAAUCCCAAUCUGGAUGAAGCAACAAGGAAGAAGCUCACUUUGGAAUGCAGAACUGGAGCUGCAGUAGAACUAGCCCGUUCAGGUGUUUUUGUCCAUGGUGGGCUCACACUACCUUUAAAUCUGACUAUUAUAAAUUCAUUACAACUGCAAAAGGAGCUAAUUCUAUAUUUUGGUAAACAGAAGGAUAGAAAUGCUGAUUUUAAAACAUUAGCUGAUUGGAUAAGCCCUGAGAUAUUUUUCCUUGAUUUAAUUUCCAGAACAUGGCAAAGAAUAAAUACUACAAUAGAUACUACAUCAGAAAAUGAGUUGAAUAACGGCUUAAGCUUUAAAGAGAGAUUGUUUCAUUCGAUGUGCUUCACAGAAUCCAACAUUUACAUUUUCGGUGGGCUUAUGGUGUCGCCUCACAACGGCUAUGAGCUGAUAGCAACAAACGAAUUAUGGAAAUUAGAUCUUAAAACAAAGUGCUGGUCUUUGAUAAGUGAAAACCCUCAAAUUACAAGACGUUUUAAUCAUAGUAUGCACGUCCUAAAUGAAAAUAACGAAAAUCAAGAUACGAAGCUAAUCAUUGUAGGUGGGUUAGAUAAUAUGGAUAUUCCUGUUAAAAAAAUUGAUAUAUUUAACCUACGUACAAGUUUAUGGGAGUCAGAAUCGAAAUCGGACGAAAACCCAGCUUCAAAGGGGUCGUCAAAAAUACUGGUUAAUAUUGAUGGGAUGCCAAUUUCUUUAUCUCACGAUUCCAACUUCUCAGUUCUGAUUGAAAAUAAUCAGGCAGAAAUUCCGACAUUGGCAUUAUAUUACCCUCAACGCGAGGCAAACACGUCCAGAAGGGGAACCGACGAUGGUAGUUUCUCUACUUACGCUCAUGAUCUAGACGACAAAUCCAAACUACCAAAACAUCACCAUCACCAUCAUGGCGAUCUUAAGUAUUUUGAAAGCGAUGAUGCAGAUGAAAACGCAGUAAAAACACUUAUGUCGCCUAUCGUAAUUUUGCCACUACUUGGAAACUCUCAGGGCGCUAGGAUGACAUCAAACCCUACACAAAACAACAAAGAAAACUCUAUUUUACAAGUACCUUUUCACUUGCAGUAUCCCUCAGGUAAUUACUUUAAUUAUAACAUUGUUGUAAUAGGAUUUUAUCCAGACCCCCAACCUUCCAAUCUUCAUUGUUUCAUUUAUAAUAUCGCUAGUGGAAAAUGGAUAAGAGUAAACAUAGCAUGUACUGAGUGCAGUAUUAGUAUGCAUAGAUUUUGGAAGCUUCUGAUUUGGAAGUCUCAUCAUCAAGCUUUAUUACUUGGUACCAGAACAGAUGAUUUUUGUUCACCUAGCGUUCAAAAAUUCGAUCACAUUUUAUCAUUCUCUUUACCAAUGUUAAACGGCUAUAAUAAAUUAGUGAAUACCAAACACACACGCACUAAUAAUGGCAUCGCUAAUAGUCAUAACUUAAACGUAAAUCUAAGUCUUUAUGAUCAUCUUCCAUACUCUAAUUCAUCAACGAUUGAGCACACAAAUCCAUACACAGUAACUCAAGGAUAUUCCUUAGACGACUCAGGGAUCCCCCGCUUGACUUCGACUGCGACCUCACAAUUUGAGAACUAUUCCAGAUAUAUAACUGUACCAUUAGAAAUGGAAUCAACUAGUUCUAUAUUUCCGCCAUAUGCUAUGGUUUUAGGUAAAGAUGCUCUAGAAAUAUUCGGCAAGACUUUAUCUGAUUUCGAAUUUAUCACUGCUGAUGGUGAUUCUAUCGGUGUUCCAGUAUAUUUAUUGAGAAAAAGAUGGGGGAGAUAUUUUGAUUCACUAUUAUCAAACGGCUAUGCAAAUACAUCUUUCAAUUAUGAGUUUAAUGGAGACACUUCUAAUAUCAUAAGUUUUUCACCUCAUACAGCCUCAAAAACUACCAAGUUUGGUAACUCUAGUCAAUCAUCCAACGGAUCCCUAGAAAAAUACUUUUCUAAAAACGGAAAUAGUAAAUCGAACAGUAAUACAAGUCUUAAGAAACCACAUAGCGUAGACUUUACUUCAUCAACAUCGUCACCCAAGCAGCGAGCCAUCUCGCAUAAUAAACUAUCUCCUUCAGAACCGAUACUUUGUGCGGAUGAGGAGGACAGUCGGUCAAACACGUUAAAACAACAUGCAACUGGAGAUACUGGCCUGAAAGAAACAGGCACCUCGAACAAAAGGCCGAUAUCCACCACUUGCUCUUCUACAGGUAUGGUCUUUAGGGUUCCCUUUCAGGACAUGAAAAAUUCAAAGCUGGGGCUUUCAGAACAGUCUGGUCGCUCUACUCGAGCAAGCUCUGUUUCACCUCCUCCGGUAUAUAAAAAAUCAACUAACGAUGGUAAUGAUAGCAAUUGUACACUUUCCAAUACACCUUUAGUUUAUAGGCGAGCUUCCACAGUGGGAACCACCACGAAUAGUUCGGUAGAUGACGGCUUUUCAUCCAUUCGGAGAGCCUCACACCCUCUUCAAUCUUACAUUAUAGCCAAAUCUUCACCCAGUAGUAUAUCAAAGGCUAGUCCCGCGGAAAAAGCUUUCUCACGUAGAAAAUCAUCCGCAUUAAGGUUUAUAGCAAGUCCAAAUCAGUCGCGACAGACUUCAUUUGCAUCUACUGCCAGCACUGCCUCUGUUGUAAGUUCUACUUCAGGAAGAAGGCGCAACUCUAACCAAAUUUCUCAUUUAGGAAGCUCUGCAAGUUUACCAAACUCGCCUAUCUUGCCUGUGUUGAAUAUCCCAUUACCCCCACAAGAAAAGAUCCCACUAGAACCACUACCGCCGGUGCCAAAAGCACCCUCAAGAAGAAGCAGUUCCUUGGCGGAGUACGUUCAAUUUGGUAGGGAUAGUCCAGUCGCGUCAAGAAGGUCUUCUCAUUCCACCAGAAAAUCGAGCUCCUCGGAUGCAAGGCGUAUCUCUAACUCUUCUUUGCUGAGGAAUACUCUAGAUUCGCAACUGCUAAGUAAUAGUUAUGGCAGUGACAUUCCUUACGAAGCAAGUAUUCAAGAAUAUGGCAUGAACAAUGGAAGAGAUGAAGAGGAAGAUGGGGACAAUCAAGACUACGGCUGUAUCUCACCUUCCAAUAUAAGGCCCAUCUUUUCCACCAUUAAUGCAAUCAAUAUAAACGGCAAUUUCAAAGAAGGUGAAUUUUUUUCUUCAAAAUCAUAUAUUAAUAAUGAAAAGAGUAGAAGACUUUCUUACAUUUCAAACCCUGAAAGUGUAGAAAGUACAAAUUCGAACAAUAACGCCAUAAUCGAGUUAGAACCCUUAUUAACCCCGAGAUCAUUGUAUAUGCCUUGGUCGACCGCCUCUGUAAGAGCAUUUGCAGAGUUCUUUUACACCGCACAAAUUAAUGGCAAAUGGCUAUUAGCUCCUGUGACCCUGGACCUGCUUAUCAUGGCUAAAAUAUACGAAAUUCCAAUUUUAUACGAACUGAUUACAGAAGUGCUGUAUAAGAUAAUCAGCAAAAAGGAAGAAGGUCUUUCAGUUACUUGCGAAGCACUACUAAAUCUGUUCCAGCAAAAGGUUUCGAGAUAUUGCAAUGAAAAUGAGGGCAAAAUAAGAAAGCAGUUGGAUUCUAGCGAAUCAUAUCAGGACACCUUAGAGAUAAAACGUUCCCUAGCCAAUAUAGACAACGGAUACGUUGAUUCAUAUCUUUUGCGAAACACUUCAAUGGCGCAAUCAAUACACUACACGGAUGACAGUAAUGGAGAAACCGAAAUAGAUAUGCACCACACGGGAAUUUCUAGCAUAGGAUCGCUUGCCAAUAGGGCUGUUCCUACUGUUUUUGCCGGUGGUCCUAGAGACAGCCAUAAUUCGAUUGGUUCAAUUGCAUUCCCCAGUAAUUCGGGUGUUCAAAAUAUUCGCCGCUCUGUGUCCUUAUUUAGCCCAGCGACGAAGAAGAAAUCCAGCUUAAGUAGGGAAACAGAUCCAUUAGAUACCUCCGAUCAAUUUACUGAUGAUGUUCCUGAUAGUGGACCAGUCAGCCGGCAACAGAACUUUCCAAGAAGAAGUAGUAGUUUUACUGAAACAGUUCCCACAGAACCUACGAGAUAUAAUUACCAAAAUUUGGACUCUAGUAAGUCAAACAGAGCUUCGGACGAUAAAGAGGAACAAAACGAACAAGCUACGCUCCAGGACAUUUCGAACUUCGAUAAAUACAAGGUUGAAACGUUGCAAAAGAGAAACAGCAACGAUGGGAAAGAUUUAGACCGCACUAAUGAUCCAUUGAAGAACAGAGGAACAGAAAUACCUCAAAACUCAUCCAAUUUAGAGACAGACCCGUUUAUUCGUGAUAGUUUUGAUAGUGAUUCAGGUUCUUCCUUCCGCUCUGAUUCUGAUGACCUUGAUUCACAGCUAGGUAUUUUGCCUUUCACAAAAAUGAAUAAAAAAUUACAGGAGCAGACAUCUCAAGAAUUUGAUGAUUCUAUUGAUCCUUUAUAUAAAAUAGGAUCCAGCACUCCAGGCUCUUCAAGAUUACAUGGAUCAUUUUCCAAAUACAUUAGACCUAAUUCACAAAGAGAAGAUGGUUCGGAAUAUGUUAAUAUAUCUAGCCUGGAAAAUAUGGUCUCACCCAAUGCACUACCACCUGUCGACUAUGUCAUGAAGUCUAUUUAUAGAACUUCUGUAUUGGUUAAUGACAGUAACUUGAUGACGCGCACGAAGGAAGCAAUCGAAUUAUCCAAAGUCUUGAAAAAGUUAAAAAAAAAGGUAUUACAAGACAUUUCACAAAUGGAUGACGAAAUGAGAGAGACUGGAAAACCAAUUUUUGCACGCGGAUCUUCUUCUCCUACUCUAAGUAGGCAGCACUCUGAUGUCGCGACACCGUUAAAACAGCAAGAAAAUACAAGACCAGCUUUAAAAUUUGCAUCAAGUUCCCCGAUCUCGGAGGGAUUCAGGAAAUCGUCCAUCAAAUUCUCACAGGCGCCUUCCACUCAGAUCUCACCUAGGACUUCCGUUACAGAUUUCACUGCAUCUCAACAACGGAGACAACAUAUGAAUAAAAGAUUCAGUACUCAGACGACACAUUCCACAUCUGCUCUAUUCAUGAAUCCUGCCUUUAUGCCUUCUGCAGUGAAUACUGGACGUAAGGAGAGUGAAGGGCAUUGUGAGGAUAGAUCAGCGACUGCCAACAGAACAAAUAGGAAAGAAGACGCAACUACAAAUGAUAACGAUAAUAUUGCCCCAUUUCCUUUUUUCGGUAAACGAAGAUAA